ACCACCACCACCACCACCACCACCAACACCACCACCACCACCACCACAACCACCCCCACCACCACCACCACCAACGCCAACCACUUCACCACCACCACCACAAACACCACCACCAUCACCACCACCACCACUAACACCACCACCACCACCAACACCACCACUAACAGCAGCAACUUCACCACCACCAUAAACACCACCACCAACCAAUUCGCCACCACUAACACCACCACCUCAACCAACACCACCACCACAACCACCACCACCACCACCACCACCACC